AUGGCCGCCCUCCGCCGCGACUCCAAGAUCGUCGACGAUGCCGUCGCCAAGCGACACAUGGUGCAUCUCAAGACCAAAGAAGAGUGCCGUCUCGGCAACGAAACCAUCCAAGUUUGGACCGUUGAGCUGCCUAGUAAGCAUGCUGAAGGGAUCCUGAGAGUCAUCAAGGACAACAUCCCCGGCCAGGACGACAUCGACCUGCAACACCUCCGUCGCUUCGCAAAGCCCAAGUACCUCCCCGGCCAUGUCCUCGGCAAGCGCGAUCUCGUCAAAGAGAUGUACUCUGUUCCCCGUGCCUGGGAAUCCACGCCACUGUCUGUCAUGCAGGCACCCGCGACCACCUCCUGGGAAUACUCCAACCCCAACCGAUCGCGAGCCAACGCGCGCCCGUCCACCCUCCACCUCCUUGUCUGCCCCACCAAGGUCGUAGAUGUUGCACGACUGCACGAAGUCCUUUCUGAACACACCCCUUUCUGCUCAUCCGCCGACUCCUGGGCAUACCCACUCGAGAUCAAGGAAAUCACCGUUCCUCGCUUGGCCCCGACAAGCCAGUCGCAAGCAGAAGAGUGGUCUGAAGAUUACUGGCCAACAUUCUACCGCAAGACCAACCCAUUCGGUGCUCACCCGUCCAGCAUUAGAAAGGCUGAGGACGAAUUGCAGAAUCCAGAGAGUGAGAACAUCGGCGUCGAGGCAGCAUUCAAACUCGCGGAGACCGCUGGCGAUGAGACCAAGCGACAAGGUAUCGGCGCUGGUCCAGGAUGUGUCAUCGUCGAGCGUGUCGAAGGCCGGACCGAAAUCAUUGCCGUUGCCGGAGAUGCCCGUUACAAGCCACAAGCCAAUGCCGUCGCCAACGAUCCAUCAGAUGCCUGCUGCAAGGGCAACAUGAUGGGCCACGCUGUCAUGAGAGCCGUCGGUAUGGUUGGUCGCAAGCGCUUACGUUGUGCAUCACAGACAGUCACCAAAGCCGCCGCCAAAGCGGAAAACAACUUCACCAAGGGUGGUCUCGAGCAUGACACCAACGCUCGCGACGCUUUCUUCUCCGACCUUCCCAUCACCGCACUCGAGAAGGAGUACUUCGAGCGCGACAACCUCAAGCCAGAUGGGUACCUCUGCCUCCGACUCGAGAUCUACCUCACCCACGAGCCGUGCAUCAUGUGCUCGAUGGCGUUGGUCCACAGCAGAGUCGGUCGUGUCAUCUUCAAGCAACGCAUGCCCAAGACAGGUGGCUUGACCUCUGAGAUGGUUAGAAACGACUCGGGUCCUGUCGGCCUCGGCUACGGUCUCUGCUGGCGCAAGGAACUCAACUGGCAGUUCAUGUGCUGGGAGUACAUGACCAAAGACGACGAAGGCACCGUCUCCAGACAAGACUUACGCAAAGUUUUCACGGAGAAGUACCAAGAAGAAGAAGAUGAAGCAGAUUCAGACGAUGCUAAUGUUACCUCGAGCAGCUUUGCGCGCAUGCAUGUGUAG